UAGCCGAGAGAGAAAGGAAUAGCAAAACAGGAAAAAGUAGGAAGAGGCGGGGGCAUAAGCGUCAUUCCACUAUUCAUUUCCUUUGUCCUCAUCUGGAAGCGAGAUGGGUGCCCAUAUAAACCACAUUGCUUUGGCAUGCACAACGUUUUUUCUUGUCCUAACACAAUGGUCCAGCAGCUGGCCUGUGGACGAUCCAACCCUUGGCUUCCUAGAACUCCCACUAAACACAUCCAAUUUGGACAUCCAGAGACCAUAUGACUUGCCACUAAGUGAGCGCUAUAGCUUCGUGGAUGGAGUGCACAAGCUAUGGGUAUACUUCACUGACAAGCCCCACUCCCCGGAGAGCCAGACUCAUGCUCGAACCGAAAUUCGAAUAAGGGGAUACGAUUAUUCUUCAGGUGUAUGGCAAUUCGAAGGAUACGGGUACGUACCAUGUGGAACAGCCAAUGUGACCAUAAUGCAAGUGUUUGGGGCAAGCCCUCACGCAACCACUCUAAUGCUUAGAGUUGGUUCAAAUGGUACCCUUACAUACUAUAGGACUGUAGUCCUGGAUCCUUACAUCUAUGACAGAUGGUUCCGAGUUAAUGUAAUCCACGAUGUCUACGCCUCGCAUUUGAAGGUUUAUAUCGAUGGAGUUCUCAAAUUAGAAGCUCCCGGUCGCGGAGGAAAGUUUCAUUAUUUUAAAUGCGGCGUCUACUCUCAGCCGGAUGGUUCUUACUACAUGGAGUCUCGUUGGAAAGGGAUCAAGGUGCUGAAAAAAUGUGACUGAUCGAUCUUCAAAGCUUUUUUAAUUUGUCCUAUUUCUGUGUAUGAAAAUAAAUUUGGUUUUCAGGCUAAUAUAAAUUAUCAGCCAAUUGAUCGAGAUAUGUGGUCAAUCUAGG